GCUUCAACCAAUGAUUUGCCUGAGGCGUGGUCCGUUACUGACAAGCAGUUGACUGUUGCGUCUCGUCGUCGCGGAAUGUUUAUUUUUAGGGUUUGCAUGAAAAAUAUAAAGACGCAAUUCGUCUUAGAAGCUAAUUUAAUGUGAUCACUUCCGGAGAAGUAGGAAUAUAAGGCAGAUCUGCUCAUGUGAAGACACAACAAUGCAUCUGAUGGGUUCCCUGGGUAACGAGGGCAUUUUUGACUUCACACAAACGGGAAACAUUGAGCAGUGCAAAGUCAUUAUUCAGAAUGACUGCUCAGUCCUUUCACUAAAAGGCUGGGGUGGUUUCACUCCACUGCACUACGCUGCCCUUCAUGGUCACCGUUCCCUUGUUGACCUUUUCCUCAGCAACGGGGCAGACCCCAACUUGACAUGCAAUGCAGGACAGUCAGCUUUUCAUUUUGCAUGCAGGCAAGGAAACAUUGACAUCAUUCAUAAAAUGAUCAAGUAUGGAGCUGAUCUGCGUGCCGUAGAUCUACAAGGAAAAUCUUCUCUUCAUCAUGCCGUGACAGGGGGCAGUGUUGUUGCAGUGCACUAUUUGUGGGAGACAGAAAUGUUCCGUUUCACAGACACAGACAUGCACCAGGUGACCCCCCUUCACUUGGCAGCCACAACGGGCAACGCCGAUAUGAUCCAAUACCUUCUGAGAGACCAGCGUUGUGCCGUGGAUGCUGUCGACCAAAAGGGGGCGACGGCACUUCACGUUGCAGCAGAACGAGGCUGCGUGGAGGUAUGUUGGACCCUGCUGCAAAAAGCUGGAUGCAGGAUCCUUCAUGAGAAAAACAUCAAUGGCUUCACACCACUAGACCUCACCAAACAGGGGAAAACAUUUAGGCAUCAACAACUCACCAAACUACUGAGCCAGUACAUGAAUGUGCCAAUUCACCACAAGCCCAAAGAAUCUCACGUUAUGUACUACUGGACACUGUUUUUUCCAAGCCUGAGUGGAGCCACCAUUCUUCUAGUAGCUGCCAUGAUGGGGGGUUAUGGUGGUCUCCUUUGUUGCUUAGUUUUCCCCUGGCUGGCCUUAAACAUCUUCACUCAGUCCCACCGUAUGGCCACUUAUCAAAGGUUACCCAACCCCAUUUACCUGGGAACCCUCAUCGCCGGCAUGCUCCAUUCCUUUUUCUGCUUUUACGGGAAAAUAGCACCUAGUGUGUGGACGAACGGUGCCCUGGUCCAGGUGUCGACGGUCCACCUCUGCUUUGUCCUCGGUUUGUUCUGUAAGGUUCUGACUCAAGACCCUGGGACACUGGACGAAGCAAACGGUGAUCCUCGGUUCUCCUGCAUCGCUGACCUAGUAGAGACGAACCAGAGCAUUCAUAGGUUCUGUCCCUACUGUGAGUUGUUCCAGCCCGACUACACGAAGCACUGCAAGCUCUGUGAUGUGUGCGUUCAAGACUACGACCACCACUGCCUUAUUCUUAACCGGUGCAUCGGACGAGCUAACCACCGCCUCUUCCUCUUCUUUAUCCUCUCCAUGGUCAUGGGGCACUUGUUGUUUGUUGCCACGGCAACAAGCUACCUGUACAACAAGAUGUCAGCCAGCAGUUUGUCAUCGUGGCUCACGUUCCUGGGGGUUGAGUUCUGGGUCACAGUGAUGACGGUUAUGAACGCCAUAACACUCUUGUGGGAGUUGUGGCUGCUGACAGAGCAGUUUUGUGCCAUCGCCAUAGCAACAACUACUUACUUCAGACACUGUAAAGAUGUCAGGCAAAGGUCACUUGGACAGCGCUGUGUGGUAGUGCUGACGUUUCUGCUUGAGGGACGGCGGCUGGGGUAUGGACCUACAAAAGAUGACAAAGUCAUGAUGGACAUUUAAAACUGUCACACCUUAAAUUGUUUACUAAUCAUUGUCCAAUAGGAUCCCUCCAGACUGCAGGCAAGUGUGACACAAGUCAGAUAUUUUUUUAUCCAUAUGUGUAUAUGAUCUGGAUCAGAUUUUUUUUUAUUUUUUAUAUGAAUGGCUCAAUUUGGAUUUUCUUUUUUUGCCCAAAUCUGAGCUGGAUCUUUUUAAAAUGUAGUCAUAGAUCAGCUUCCAAUCAGAUUUUUUGCAGUGCGACCUCAAUCUGAAUGAAGAGGUCGCAUGUAUCUGACCCAAACAUCAUCAAAAGCUCAGUAGGGGCGCUUGGAGGGCAAGAUAUACAGAUACAUAUAUGAAUGGACUAACAGUGCUACUCACUGUCACAAGAAGCCACCAGCAGUCAUUUUACGCUGCCACCUUGCCUAAUCAUUUUCAGCCAACAGCAAGUGGAAAAAUGCGCGCCCUGGAAUAAAUAAAAGCGGGUGGAUUUUUGUAUAUAUAUAAUAUAAUAUUUGGAUUUCACAAACUCUGUAUUAUUCAGGAUGCAGUGUUUAGACUAGUGGUUUGUCUCGUGAAAAAAUGACUCGACUUCCCCUUUAUAUUGGAAGGUCCCCUGUGGUAAAUUUUACAUUAAAUAAAAUAAAAAAUAAAAAAUAGGUGUGGCACGAGA